AUGGUUAGAGGCAGUAAACUCGAGGCGGGUUUGUAUUCGCCAUGCGAAUUUGUAUUUGAGAAUUUUGAAAAGCCGAGCAAAUAUAGUAUACAUGGUAUAGUGCUUAAAAGUAGCAGUAACAGUAGCAGUACCAAUAGCAGGACAAGUAGCAGUAACAGUAACAGUAACAGUAACAGUAACAGUAGCGAUAACAGUAACAGUAGCAGUAACAGUACUAGUAGCAGUAGCAGUAGCAGUAGCAGAAGCAGAAAAGCAGAAGCAGUAGCAGUAGCAGAAGUAGAAGCAGAAGCAAUAGCAGAAGCAGAAGCAGAAGCUAAAGCAGAAGCCGAAGCAAAAGCUAAAGCAGAAGCAGAAGCAGUAGCAGUAGCAGAUGCAAAGCAGAAGCAGAAGCAGAAGCAGAUGUAA